ACGGUGACGGGAGCGCUCCCCACCGAACCCUGAGCGAGCGCGAUGCGAGCGGUCUGCUGCCGAUCCUCCUUAAAUAUUUAAUUGUGCUGUAGCUGCGAGGAAGAGAGGAGCGCGAGAGGGAAAGUGACAGUGACCGUAGGGGGAGUGAAAGGGAGCGGCGGAGGUUAAGGAGCCUUUUUGUCUGCAUUUGUGGUGCUUUGCUGGUGUUUUCUGCAGACAUGCCUUCUCUGUAGGGCUUUUCCUCCACAAACGGGGGGGGAGAGGGAACGGUGCCUUAUCCCUGCCACGAGCACACACUGCUGUGAAAACAGCCGCUGGUCCAGCCUCCGUCAACAGCCGGGGAGGUUUACUACAGAAGCUGCAACAUCUCUGGGAAUGGAAUGGACUUUGAUUAGCUCCUCACUCCUCAAGCUUAAUCCACGUCUCUGAAUGAGCAACCAGAUCAGUUUUGCUUUCAUAUUGCGCUUAAAAUCGCGCUUUUACACCAGACGCUUUCCAGAAAUGUGGUCCAGCCUUCAAAAGCGUGCAGAGGAAGACAGUGAUGGGAAAACUCCUUAAGACCAUGACGAGGAGCCAAGACUGAAGGAUAGAGGUGGAACAACACCAGAUAACAGAAUUACAGCAAGCAAAUUCUCUAUUUUCUUGCUCAGACGCUGUUUGAUCACCCAGAGCCCGCCUGCUCUCCCUCAGCUGUCUAGGACGUGGAACCCGUGGGAUUUAUUUUAAUGAAUCAAUAUUCGCCUCUCGACGCCAUGACGUACAACUGGAGAAUUUUUUAAUUCUCUCUGAAGGAAGGAUCCUGUCGUCUUGUUGAACAUCGUGGAAGAGUUGCAGAGGUAACCUCACUCUGCCCAAGAUCCCGGAGUCUAACAUGGCUCUCAGUGUGUUGGGAGUGUUCCUGGGAUUACUUCUGGAAGUUUCUGCUCAUGGACCCUCCAGUGUUCCCCGGAGCUCGUGGAGGCAUGAAGAUGUGAGCUUGGUGGAGUUUUCAGAGCCAGGAGUCUUUAACUACUCCACACUGUUGCUGAGUGAGGAGAGGGAGGCGCUGUACGUUGGGGCCAGAGAGGCAGUCUUUGAGCUCAACAUCAACGACGUGUCCAUUAAGAAGAACCAGGUGUUUUGGAAAGUUCCAGAGAAGCACAUAACCAUGUGCACCUUAAAGGGGAAGUCUAAGGAGACGGAUUGUCUGAACUACAUUCGGGUUGUUCAAAUGUUGGAUGAAGACAGACUGUAUGUGUGUGGGACGCAUGCGUUUCAGCCAUUCUGCGAUUACCUGUCUUUAAAAGACUUCAGUCUGAUGGAAAAGCAGGAGGAUGGCAGAGGGAAGUGCUCGUAUGACCCUGCUCAGAGUUUCACCACAGUGAUGGUUGACGGGGAGCUGUACUCAGGGACGGCGUAUAACUUCCUGGGCAGUGAGCCGAUCAUCUCCAGAUACUCCCUCUCCCAGAGCCUCCUGCGCACUGAGUACUCCACGUCCUGGCUCAACGAGCCCAGUUUUGUGUUUGCUGAUGUGAUCCGGGAAGGGAAGAACAGCGCAGACGGAGACGAUGAUAAGAUUUAUUACUUCUUCACUGAGGUUUCUGUGGAAUACGAGUUCUUUGGCAAGCUGCUGAUCCCCCGCAUUGCCCGCGUCUGCAAGGGGGAUCUAGGUGGCCAGAGGACUCUGCAGAAGAAGUGGACAUCCUUCCUGAAGGCCAAGCUGGUGUGCUCCAUGCCUGAGCUCAAUUUUGUCUUCAACGUGGUUCAUGACGUGUUCAUUCUUAAGACCCCAGACUGGAGAGAAACAGUCAUAUAUGGAGUCUUCACCUCACAGUGGGCUAAUGUGGGUCUGUCUGCUGUGUGUGCGUAUAAUAUGACCUCGGUGGACGAAGUGUUCUCGAAGGGGAAGUACAUGCAGAAAGCUACGGUGGAGCAGUCGCACACUAAGUGGGUCAGAUACAACGGUAUCACGCCCACGCCUCGACCCGGAGCGUGCAUCAACAGUCAUAACCGCAGGCAGAACAUCAGCAGUUCUCUGCUGCUGCCUGAUAAAACGCUGCAGUUUGUGAAGGACCACCCGCUGUUGGCUGACCCCGUGCUGCCCAUCGGCAACGGACCCCGGCUCAUCGCCAAAGAUGUCAAUUACACCCAGAUUGCUGUGGAGAGAGUCCCCGCCCUCGACAACAAUGUGUAUGACGUCAUAUUUACUGGCACUGAUAAAGGGGUCCUACAUAAAUCGGUGGUCUAUGAAGGAGGUGUGCACACUGUGGAAGAGAUCCAGCUCCUGAAGAACCAGGAACCGAUUAAAACUCUACUGCUGUCCACACAAGAGGCCAGAUUCCUGUAUGCUGGUUCUGACUCUGGCGUGGUCCAGUCCCCCACUGCGUUCUGUGACAAAUACCUCACUUGUGAAGACUGCAUUCUGGCUCGGGACCCUUACUGUGCCUGGAGCACUCAUGCCGCUUCCUGUGUCAAUAUUUUCCAUAGGCGGGACAAUGCACAACACCGGAAGUUGCUUCAGAACCUGCGAGGAGACGCUGGCAUGUGUCCGUCAGUGAGGCCACGCAUGGCGGAGAGCUACCAGCAGGUGGUGGUGAAGCCGGGCAGUUUGGCGGAGCUCCCCUGCAGGGUGCGCUCUAACCUGGCCCAGAUGCUGUGGAAGGUAAACGGCAGCGUUCUCACCGAAGCCUCCCACUUCCUGCUGAUGGGGGACACGGGUCUGCUCAUCUACAGCGUGGCUCCAGAGGACCAGGGCCGCUACGAGUGCUGGUCAGUAGAGGCAGCAGUGGGCAAGAACUUCACCCGCCUGGUUGCUGGAUAUGACCUACAGCUGGACCUCCCGAAAAGCGAGUCGUCAUCGUCAUCGUCUGGACGCGUUCUGUCUUCAGCUGAUAUCGUUGAGGAGUUGUACCCAGACACCUCCACGGUGCGCUCCACCACCACUGCGGCCAAAGGUGACAAAGGUAAUAACGGUAACGGCGCAGGAACCCCUCUACUAACGUCCACGGAGGCAUCCCCACUAACCCCCCCAACCAUCAGCACCACCACUCCCAGCAUCAUCAACAGUGCAAAACCCCAGCCUAAACUCUCCACCCCCUCUGAAGGCAGCGGCGCACAGCCCCGGCCCGAAAACCUGGACCCCUCGGCCAAGUACCUCCAGUACGACAACAGCGGCGCCCUGCUUUUCCUCUUCCUCCUCUUCUUCCUCCUCUUCCUGUGCGCACUGUCUUAUAACUGCUACAUGCAGUACCUGCCGGCACCCUGCCUGCGCCUCCGCGCCGCCCUGCUCGGAUCGCCCAAAAAGCCGCAGCCCGAAUACAUCGCCUGCGAGGCGGGUCUGAUGGAGCCCGUCCCGGAGAAACCCGACCUGACUGAGCAGCUGCAGCAGAACGGGGCGCAGCAGCAGCAGCUCCGAGCACUCCGAGACACCGGCUACGAAACGGAACCAGAGUGUGGAAACGGAAAAAUACCGUCGCACAGCUACGAAGAGGCGGACGACAGCCCUUCCAAACAGCGGCCGUUCGAUAUCGACUGCGAAUCGCAGCCGAUCGAGUACGCAGAUGCGGAUGCGCCUUACUGAGAAGGCCACGGACACGGAUGCGUCUCGUAAUUGGAUGAAUUCUUGUCUAGGAUGGCUUCUGUACUGCAACCACACAAUCCUCCGGAGGGAUUGGUCUCGCUUUUUGACUUGCAGGUGUUCGACGAUCCGACCCGACCGUGCGUAAAAGAUUCGUUUUUGGGGGGGAAGUGGCUGAUUUGCGUAGUUCAGCAAGCAUAUGAUUCCAAAUUGGAAACAUGGUUUACCAAAUUGGUAAGUUAGCUUGGUGUUUUCCAAAUUGGAGUUAAAAUAUUUUGUAUCGGGGGGUGAGUGGGGAUCAUUUUUCCUUCUUUUUCUAUUCCCCACAUUCUGCCCUGAAGCUCGUAUGACAGUCCGUUUGUCCUCCAACCUUGUGUACUACUCUCAGGGACGUGAAUCGUACUUCGCCAAAUCUCUGCUCAGUGCAGUCUCAAACAGCACUGCUGGCAGAAAUACAAGGGCCGGGAUGGGCACGAACACUGCUGCCAAAUGCUGAGGUGAGCAAAGCAACGGGGAAUGGAAAGGAAUAUAGUGAAGACGGAAGAUGCCCGAUUCCACUGAAACGGAGAUGAAGAUAGCGGUCAGUACUGGACUGACCGAGUCGUGUUCCUGCACUGUCAGUAUUUGUGUUUUUCUAGUGAUGAGUAAACAUAAAGGCGGUGUAGAGGAGGAGGAAAUUCCACCAAGACGUUUGGACGAUGUACUAAAAAUAAAAACAGAUUUACGUUGUAUUUUC